GCGUGAUUUUAGUGCCUGACUCGACGCCGGUAAUAAACAGUUGUGUGGUCCUGUCCUGUGUCGUAGGUUUAAGAAAUUAUUUCAUUUAAAUGAAUUUAGAACCCAUGCAAGUUGUAAAUAUAUUUUUAACGAUAUAAAGAUAUGGAAAUCUUGAAAUCAAAACUUUUUAUCCACACCAUAGUUGAUGUCAAAGAUGACUUCGAAGAGAAAUAUGAAUCAACCUUUCGAAACUACGAGGAUGCUUUGAAGAAUAUUAUUGAAAAAGAUUCAAGCGAAUUAUUAGCUAAUACAAUUUGUAAAGAGAAACAACAUGAAGAUCUGUCAUUGGCAAUGAUGUAUUUGAUCUUAACGAAUCCUAGCGCCUCAACAAAAGCUUACAGUGACCUCACUUUACUAUCUCACGACGGACUUUUGUUUGUAACUAAUAAUUUGGCAAUGCUAGUAGCAGAAAAAUAUCAAAGGUUGAACGAUCUACCACGAAAACAACUAUUAUGGUUUCUUAAAGAACUGAUUCGAAAUCGAGUAUCAAACGUAGAUAACAUAGUUUGGAAUAUCUUAAGACAAGCUAGCGGCGGAGACAUAAGCUUGAAAAACAUUUCUCUUGUUGAGGGUUUGCUUGAUAUAUUUAUCGAAUACCGUUCAUGGAUAGAAAAGGAUCAGUUUCUGAUUGGUACAGUAGUGUACACCUAUUUAAGGUUACUGGAAGACCAUUGCAGCUCACAAUUUACAUCCUUAUACCAUAAGGAAAUCGCAUUUGUUAUAGCUCUUAUUAGAGACCGAUUCGAUGAUGUAAUGAUCUUAGGGCGAGAACUCGUGCGAUUGUUACAGAAUGUGUCUCGUAUUCCGGAAUUCGAGCUAUUAUGGAAAGAUAUUUUGUAUGACCCCAGAACGCUUUCUCCCGCAUUCUCAGGCGUGUUGCAGCUGAUGCAAAUCAAAACUAGUCGUCGAUUCCUCCGUUGCCGGCUCACACCAGAAGUGGAAAGAAAGUUACACUUUCUUGUUAGUAGUGUCAAGUUCGGAAAUCAGAAAAGGUAUCAAGAUUGGUUUCAAGAGAAAUAUUUUACUACUCCGGAGUCACAGAGCCUUCGAUCUGAUUUGAUUCGAUUCAUAAUAGGUGCUAUUCAUCCUACUAAUGAUAUGCUUUGCUCUGAUAUCAUCCCGCGGUGGGCAGUUAUUGGCUGGUUAUUAACAUCUUGCACUAAUUCAGUAGCCCAAGCUAAUGCCAAACUAUCAUUGUUCUACGAUUGGCUAUUUUUUGAACCAGUAAGAGAUAACAUCAUGAAUAUCGAGCCAGGAAUUCUCGUGAUGUAUCAUUCAAUAAAAAACCACCCAUUAGUUAGCUGCACACUUUUAGAUUUUUUAUGUAGAAUCAUGAAUCAUUUCUAUCCAAAAGCAGAGGAAAAGAUUCGUAAUGGUGUAUACAACUCUUUACGAAUGAUACUAGACAAACAGGUCAUUCCAAAUCUUUUUCCUUUGAUGGAAUCAGCUAAACUAGAUAAGGAACUGAAGCUAAUGUUGCGAGAAAAUUUUAAAGAUUUUUUUUCAACUCCGAUGACCAGCCAGUGUAUGUUCGGUACGACUCAAUCAUCUAGAUCCCUUUCAACUGAGGAUGAGGAUAGCACAUCAGUUUCAAAUGAUCACAGUGAAGAAUUUUGGAAUAGUGCUCCGGUAACAGCGUACAAUACAAGUGAAAUGAUGUUUAGUGAUGACGAAGAAGAUUCUAAGACAGCUGGUAUUAAAGAUGAUCUUUCUGAUGAUGAUGAUUUACCGCUCUCUAAGGUGCUAAGAAUGGAGAAAACGAUCAUACAAUCGAUUCCUGUUAGUGUGUUAUUGUGCUUGGAUCUGUUCGUAGAAAUGAAAACCGUAGAUAGCUUUGAAACGCUUGUAACUUCAUUGAAUAAGGCUAAUAAAUUAAACAUUGAACAGGAAACUUACGUAUAUAAAAAAAUAGUGGCAACAUUUAUUGAAACACUAACAUGUCACAUUGUUUUCCCUGAGUCGAAAUCUGACGAAAGUUUAUCCGAAUGCGUUAGACAUCCCAUAUUUAAUUUAUUCAAAAUUCUGGUUCAGGCGGAAAAUAUAAAUAAUUGUUUAUUAAAAAGUUUGUUAGCAUUUACUCACUCAUAUAUUCCAAGCACCGGUUAUCUACUUUUACAUUAUUUGAAAGUUUAUGCCAAGCUUGAAAAUCGACGGAAAGAGGGCUCCCCUUCGCCAUUCAAGGCAAGUGUGUAUAGCCAGUUCUGUGCAAUGAUCAAUUCUCCUGUUAAAACUCAGCUAAAAUUGGAUUUGGAUUCACUGGAAAAAACUAGUUUACAUACUUUUCUUUGGAUUCUCCCGGAUCUAUAUAAAGAGUACAAGGAUGUAAUGAUAAAUAAUACAGACAUAAUUUCUUUAUUCGUUGGAGCAAUUGAUGCAAAAAAUCUAAGAGAUGUGAUAUUCAGUGUAACACAAGGAAAAUUAGUGAUGUUUAGCAAUGAGAAUAUAAUCGAUGUGAUUAGAGAAAGCUUGGAAUAUGAAACAUAUGAGCAGUUCUGCUUCUGGCAACUAAUACAAGCCCAUGAUGUUCCUCUCGGGUCGUUUCAGAUACACUGCAACGAUUUACUGCAUCUUCAUCUAAGUAUUACAAAACUUGAGGACAUUAUAUCAGAGUUGGAUGCAUCACUGCACGCUGAAGCUUUGACGUAUAUAUUGCUACUGCUGAAAAAUGAAAAACCCUCGACUGAUUUGGUUAAAUGUCUGCUGAGUCGGGAAUGUAAAAACAAGGCAGACUCUUUUGUCAUAUGUGUGCUUAGAUGCUGGUGCGAAGAAUACGAAGGAAAACUGUCGGAAAUAAUCGCUGGACUGUUGACCUCAAAAUAUCCUUCGAGUUCCCCGAAUAAACGCAAGCGACCGUUAAAAUCUUCGCCAAUGCAAAACUGUGCUCCAACUUCCGAUCAGAUACUACAUCACCUAGAACACUUUCGUCGAAGCUGCAGACAUGGUAAUGGAACAGGAACUGGCUUGUAUGUGCAAAAUGAAAUGCAACGAUCUCUACAGCUAGCUUUUGUUCAUAGUACAGAUAUCCAAAAAAAAUAUUUUGCAGACUUAUUUGCACUAGCUGCCGAGGAGGAAACUACUGGAACUGUUGGACGUAGAAGUACAAGCAGCCGCGGGCGCAAACCUCCUGCUAAUAAGAAGGAAGCUUCCUCAUCUUUUAACAAUGCUAAAAAAUAUACAGAUAAUUCUUUUGCUAGUGACGAUUCUACAGACGAGGAUUGGUCGAAGCAAAAAUCUGGUAAACGACGCAAAAAGGCAUUCAGCGAUUCUGACUGACGUCAACUACCGUAUGCAGCAUACAUUUUGAAAAGUUUUGUGUAAAUCACAUUAUAUUAACAAUCCUAUUUUUACAAUACGUUACUGUUUUAUGGUAUAUACUAAAGUACUGGUUUGUGUGGAUAAUGCUUCAUAUUUUAUGCCUUUGCCACAGUUUUGAUUCUAGCAAAAAUUUGAGUAUUGGUAUUCAUCCAAGAAGCGAGUUACUCCAACCAGUACUCACAGGCUGAUUGUAUUCAUUUAUCGUACACAUUCUGCGGUAAUAUUCAAUAAACGAUAAACUCUUAAA